CAGAGUACACCGGGAAACGGACAGAGGAACAUGGCGCAGGGUCGGUGAGGAGGACGCUGAGCAAUUGAGGGUUAUAUUCCGUCGAUAUUUCUGAGAUCAUGCUGAAAUCCUAAAAUGAGAGUGUGAAAUGGUCUCACUUCCGAAGUCUUGGAUAUCUACCACUGCCCCUUUGAUGAAUAAUAGGAAAACGCCUCUCAGGAAUACCUGCAAUUGCAUUCAUAAACAUUUCUUUAGGACUUACAACCCCUGAGCAUUGUUUUUGAUUCACAAACGUCACAUUUUCAUCUGAUUAUUACAUUGGAAAAUGGCUGAGAGAAAUAAAAGGAAUAUAGAGGUCCCACAAGGAGUUGAUAGACUUCGAGUGGAGCAUAAAAAGGUGGUGCAAGGCUGCGAAGGUCAGAUCCAGCACUGGGAGAUGGUAAAAGGCGACUAUGAAGCCCUCGAGGAUCGACUCAAAACUCUUCCAGAUCAGGUGUCCUAUGACAUCAUGGUGCCGUUUGGUCCUUUGGCCUUCAUGCCUGGGAAGCUGGUCCAUACCAAUGAGAUCACCGUGCUGCUGGGGGACAACUGGUUUGCAAAGUGCUCUGCCAAGCAGGCCCAGAAGCUCGUGGAGCACAGGAAGAAACAUGUAAAUAGUGCGCUGGAUGACUUGCACAAGACGAGGAAGAACUUUGAAGCCAGAGUUGGGUUCACAGAGGAUCUAGAAAAACUCUCAGGCGCUAAAGGGGACUAUGUGGAAAUCAGAGAAGAGGUUGGAAGUAUUGAAGAAAUUGUCAGCAAAGGAAAGCAGCGUGUGGCCCUUAAGCCCCACUCUAAGCCAAAGAUGGAGGCUGUUGUGAAGAUAGAGGAAGAAGAGGAGGUGGACGAAGAGGGCGGUGGAGAGGGAGAUGGAGGGAGCAGGAGAGGAGUGCUGUCUGAGGAGGAGCUAUGGGCCAGACUGGACGAGCUGGAAGUGCUGGAGGAGCAGGAAGAGGAGCGUCACAGACGGUUUGACAGUGCAGACACCAAUGGCAACGGCAACGACGACACAACAUCCUCUUCCUCUGAGGAGGAGAAGGAGGGAGAUAGCGGCAGCCAUCAUCGUGUCAAUGGACAUGAUGAGAGGAGCAAAGGCAGGACGUCUGUGCCUCACAACGGUGACCAACUCAACGGUACAGCCCAGUCAACCAGGGACGGGGAGGAGGAGGAAGGCAACUGUUUGCCUACCAUCUAUUUCUCUCAUACGGUGGAACCUAAGAAGGUGAGGAUAAACACAGGGAAGAACACCAUGUUGAAGUUCAGUGAGCUGAAAGAACAGAAGCAGCAAGCCAAGAGGAAAAAGAAGAACGGUACCAGCAACGGCCACUCUCACCACGGGCUCCACAACAUCACCACGCCCACAGACCUCUACAGGUUGUUUGUGGAUGUGAAGAACGGCGAGCCCAUCCCCAGGAAGUCCAUCCUGAAGUCCCGGAGCAGAGAGAGCAGUGUGUGUAGCGACACCAGCGAGAGCAGCGCUGCUGAUUUCGAGGAGCGCCGGACGUUCGGACGCACUCUGAGCCAUGACGAGAACACGUACAGCGACACCAGCGACGGCAUCACGGAGGAGGACAGCCCCACCGGGGUCCCUCUGCACCCCACCAGCCGCUUCCAGGCCUUUUCAGGCACAGUGGUUGAGAAGGAGCCCAUUCCCUCGUCGAUCCCUCAAUUCACCAUUGCUCUGCAAGCGCUGCCCACCAUCCCAGAGAGGAAGCUGGAGGAGGUGGCCCCCGAAGCCCCCCAGGAGGCCCCCAAGAGGGUGUCCAAGUUCAAAGCUGCCCGGCUGCAGCAGAAGUGACCCAGCAGAGCCAGUCUCCAGGAUCCACACUACUGGCUCCUUUUUUAACAUUGAUUUUCUACACCUACACUUUUUUGAGUCGGACAGACCGUGAACACACACUAUGAUCUGCCAUGGCUCUUAUUUUUUGCAUCACUCGUCAAGCCUCACUUCUUCUCUUUGAUAACGCUUUUCCUGUUAGUACACAUGGUUUCUAUUGCAAUAUGGCUAUUCUGUAAGAGGCAGUACUCUGUAAGAGUAGCAUAACAUAGUUGAGAAGGCAACCCAACGCCCUCACGCUUAACCAUUUACCUGCCUUGUAUAAUGGAACAUUAAGCUUUUUAGCUAUGAACCCCGUUCUUUAUGAGUUAGUACUUCACUGCAAUAUGUAUUUAAGUAAAGAGGUAGUUUAUUUAGAACCCUCGUCCUCCAACAUUAUGGCACUACACUAGUCAACACUGCCUAGGUGCUCAUUUUAUGGUGGUUGGUCUUGUCAGUGUCUUGACUAUACUCUGUGACAAGGCCAGUGGUUUACCACUCUAUUAAUUGUUUGAUUCAUGAUUUUGCCUGCUAUGCUAAGACGACAUACUCUGCAUCAUUGAAUUUAUUUUUGCCUUUUCCUUUCUUAAUUAUUCUACACAGGGUCAGAUGCUAACUACCCUGUAUUGCCCCAAUCCCCUUGUACCUGCCUAUUGAAUGUAUGUCCACCUCUGUGACCAGCUUUAUGUGAAAAAUAAAUAUUGUUGUAAACUGGAAUGAAAAUAAAAGAUUUUUGGACAAAG